CAGAGACACGUGACGUCACCGCUGCUCUGCUUCCUUCUUCCGGGAUUGAGAGUCACCAAACAUCAUCCGCCGAGUGAAAUAAUGUCUCAUCAAACGGGUAUUCAGGCGGCUGAAGAGCUGAAGGAUGUCUUCGGCAGCGCCAGGAACGGACAGUACAGACUCCUGAAGAUCGUGAUAGAAAAUGAGGAGCUGGUUCUGGGCAUGACUGAAGCCUGCUCUGGUAGUUGGGAGGAAGACUACGAGCGUCUGCUUCUGCCGGCGCUGGAGAAAGAUCUGCCGAGCUUCAUCCUCUUCCGGCUGGACUCCAGCAACAGCCUGGGUCACGAGUGGGUCUUCAUCGCCUGGUCACCUGACCACUCGCCCGUUCGGCACAAGAUGCUGUACGCCGCCACCAGAGCCACGCUGAAGAAGGAGUUCGGCCUCGCACACAUUAAAGACGAGAUGUUCGGCACCGUCAAGGAUGAUGUUUCUCUGAGCGGAUACAAGAAACACGUCACAGCUCAAUCGGCCCCUCUACCACUGACAGCAGCCGAGGAGGAACUGCGACAGAUUAAACUCAGCGAGAUCCAGACAGAUAUUCACGUGAACACUACUAAGCAGACUCUUCAGGGCGUGGCGUUCCCUCUGGACGGAGAGGCCGUAACCGCGUUACAGAAGUUCAAGGACAAGAAAGUCAACUAUGUUCAGCUGAUCAUCAACUUCGAGCAGGAGCUGAUCAUGCUGUCGAACACGGACGCCACGGAGCUGAAGGACUUGCCCCGCAGGAUCCCGAAAGACGCGGCGCGAUACCACUUCUUCCGCUACAAACACUCGCACGAGGGCGACUACCUGGAGUCUGCAGUGUUCAUCUACUCCAUGCCGGGCUACAGCUGUGGGAUCCGCGAGCGCAUGCUGUACUCCAGCUGCAAGAACCCUCUGCUGGACAUGGUGGAGAACACACUGCACAUGGAGGUGGAGAAGAAGCUGGAGAUCGAUAACGGCGACGAGCUGACGGCUGACUUCCUGUACGACGAGGUUCACCCGAAGCAACACGCGCACAAGCAGGCCUUCGCUAAACCGCGCGGGCCGCCGGGCCGGAGGGGCGAGCGCAGGAUCACACGGCCCGCCGACGACUAGCCUAGCGCUAGCGUUAAACCCAAGAGGCCACCAAGCUGUCGAGCGCGUACUUCCCACAAUCCCCUGCAGGAAGCCACGCGCUGAACUAUGCACCAUUACACAAACGCCCAUCGCGAGGUGUGCUUCAAUUCAGC